CAUAAUUAAAUUAAUGUGUUGUUCAUAUUUUCUAUAAAUUGUGUAUAACCUCUACUGUGUUAAUAAAAUAUUUUGCUAUAUAAAAGGUUAAGAUAAACUGCAAGUAGUAAAUUUAACAGCAAAUAUGGAUAACAUAAUAAUACGCAAAGCAAAACGUGAAGAUUGUAAAGCUAUUAGAAAUUUAAUACAGGAAUUAGCUGAUUUUGAACGUAUGCCAGAAGGACCUAAAAUUGAUCAUACAGUUCUAGAAAAAGAUGGAUUUGAUGUAGAACAUCCCUUAUUUAUAUGUUAUGUAGCAGAAGUUAAUGGAAAUAUAGUAGGGUAUACAAUUUUUUAUUAUACAUAUUCAACAUGGUGUGGGAAAGCCAUGUAUUUAGAAGACAUAUAUGUAACACCCUUGUAUCGAAAUAAGCAUAUUGGAAGCAAACUGUUAAAAGCUAUUGCUACAGAAGCAACAGAAAACAAAUGUUGUAGACUAGAUUUCUCAGUUCUUGAGUGGAAUCCUGCACAAAAAUUUUACAAAGAUAAAGGAGCACUUAACUUAACAUUAGAAGAAGGAUGGCAUCAUUAUCGUUUUUCAGAUACAGUUUUGAACACCUUAGCUUUAGAUUUCACAUAUCUCUUUUCUCCUUCUGAAUCAUUACUUAAAUCAAAUGCAAUUAAUAAUCUUCCUGAUGUGGAAGAAAAGACACACACAGAUUAUGUUGAAGAUAAGAAUGACGUUGAUUCUGAUGUAUUAUCACAUAGUGAUAUGAGCUGGGGAUCUAUACAUGAUAGAUAUUUCAACUACUUCUACAUCAAGUGUAACUGUUAUUUAAAAUUAAUUUAUAUUGAAAUUAGUAUUGAAAUAAUAAUUCUUCUACUUGUACAGUCUGAUCUUUCAUUUUCAUUACUUCAUCAAGAACCUGUUACUACACAUGAAGACACAAUAAAAUGUGUAACUGAAAGUAGUUGGAGUAGUUAUGCUCUAAAUUCUAAUUUAUGGAAUGAUGAUAAUGCACCUGUUGUAAAAAUAAGACACCUUGAAGAGGUAUUAUUUGAUGAUUUAGAAUUGUGUGGCUUUUUUACAGACAGACUAAUAGGAACUGGAAAAUCAUUUCUGACUAGAUCUCCGGAAAAUGGUCUUUAUGUUCUGAGUAAAUGCAUUAUGAAGAAUAUGUCCCUUUCAAAUAUUACUAUGUUGUAUUAUCAUCGUUACUUGCAAUAUGUCGAUCUUGGAUUCAAUUAUAUCUCAAGUUUAUCUCCUUUGGGAGGAAUACCAUAUUUAAUGUAUUUGAAUGUGGCUCAUAACAGGAUGAAUACUAUUUUAAAUUUUACACCUCCUUGGUACUUAACAUAUGUAAAUUUAUCAUAUAAUUAUAUAUCAGAAAUGUGUGAUAUCAGUAACUUCUGGAGUAUUGUUCAUUUAGAUUUAUCGCACAAUGCAAUUGAAACUAUUUUUGGUUUGCAAAAUUUAAAGUAUUUGAAAUACUUAAAUUUAUCAUACAAUUUAAUUGAAUAUAUCGAGAACUUAGAUAAAUUAAAUAUUCAGGAACUAAAUUUAGAAGGUAAUUGCAUAAUAUCAUUUAAAUCUAUUAUACCUGGUCAAGGGAUAUAUAUUUUACCCCAUUUGAGAGUAAUACGUUUAGGAUACAAUAAAAUAACUACUUUGGAGUUUUUUAAGGAUGCAUAUAGUUUACGUGUGAUAGACUUAAAAUUUAAUAGAAUUAAUGAUUUAUUGGAAUUAUCAAAUCUCAAAGGUUUAAUACUUGAAAUAGAUCUUAGAGGCAAUGGUUGUACAAAAUGGCCUAAUUAUAAAAGUGUAAUUUUGUUUUCCAUACCAAGUAUACACACUAUUGAUGGUAAUCAUGUAUCUACUUCAGAAAAGAUUGCUGCUGCAAUUCUAUUUGUAUCACCAGUGGAAUUAACAGCUGCCCGUACUAUUACAAAAUUAACUUUGUUAGAACAAUUAAGCACACCCAGAAUUGAUCUUCACGUUAAACCUUAUGAUGAAACAAGUCUACCUUUAAUAAUACUUACAGGUCCAUGUGCAGUGAAAAAAGUAUCCUUGGCAUUGCACAUUGCCCAAACAUUUCCAAACAAAAUCAAAUACUGUCGGUGGUAUACUACAAAACAACCAGAAAAUAGCGAUAUCGAAAAUCAAGCUUAUAUUUUUACAAACAGAGAAGAAUUUAAUGACAUGUCUCGUCGCGGUGAAUUUUUAGCAAUUCAAGAAAUGUUAGGGAACAGUUACGGAUUUCAUCACAAUCAGAUUAUUUCUUUGACAUUGCAAAAUAAAAUUGGUAUUACACAAACUGACUUACAUGCAACCAUACAAAUGAGCAAACGGUACUCCAAUGUUAAACCCAUUCUUGUAUUAACGAAAAGUGAAGAUGUUCAUCGUAAUUGGAUACAAGAAAAAUUUGAUAUUAAUACAUGGGUGAAAAGCAGUAAAGAAAAUUCUGUGUCUGCAAAAGCAGACAAAGACAAAGAAGAAAAUUUAUUGGAACCUGCAAACAGUACAUUAAACUUUGUUGAAGAAAUUUUAAAUAAUAUUAUAGAAAAUCUUCAGUUACCUUCAAACAUUCUAUUUACAAUGCCAGAAUAUGACAGUGAAAUGACUGAAAUUAUAUUAAAAAGUAAAUCAUUAUUAUCUAAAAUAGGAAUGAUAGAAAUGGAAGAAAAGAAACGUAUUAAAUUUCAAGAAGAACAACUUGAUUACAUACAGACCGAUUUUGAUAAUUCUACUUUGAACGAGAAAGGAUUACGAGUCAUUUUAGAUGAACAAUCAAAUGUUAUAGUUGAAGAUGAAAAGUUAAAACGUAAAAGGCAUCAAGCAAGGCUUUUACAUCGCCGAAGUACAAUAUUGCAAGCAAUGGGAUCGUUUACAGAUCUCAGUGAAUCAAUAUCUAGUGAAGAAAUAUUAAUAGAACCAUUCCCAGAAACAAAAGAUCCAGAAUUUUUAAAAAAUAUAUACAUCGAUCUCGUAUUAAAAACGAGAAAUAUGUAUUCAAAUUAUCAUAUGGAUAAACCAGGAUUCUUUUCUUUAGUGCUACUAACAGAUCACUACUUUAAAGCAUUUAAUACACUGAUUAAUUUUACUUAUGACUUGUAUUCAAACCAUUCUAUUGAAAAAUCUAAAUUUUUGUCUGAACUUGAUCACUUUUCAACAGUUGCUAUACCAACAAUGGUUGACUCUGUUACUGAUGAGAUAGAACAAUCUUUAUCAACAUCUGUAUUACAAAGAAAAACUUUAUUAAGAAUGUAUGGUGUUACUUCAUGGAAAGAAUUACUGCCAAGUCAAAUGUCAGCAACUUCAAUUAAAUCUAAUGAUUAGUUCAAAGGUAAAUAUCAAUUUAUCUCUUAUUUAGAAUUUUAUUGAUAACAAUUUAUUGGUAUAUAGCCAUUAAUUAUUAUGUAAAAUGAACACAUUGUUUCAGAAAUAUUUUUAUACAAGGAACUCUCAAUUAUAACAUAGAUAUCUAAGAACACAUACUUGUAAUUAUUAUACUUAAUUAUUAUUAAUUUAACUAUAUUUUUUUGCAGAUUUGAUUUGUAUUACAACACCAAAUUUAAAAAAUAUAAUAGGAAUCGUUCAUGUAUAUGAUAAAAAAUAAAUUGAUUUUU